GCCAUGACCUUCACCUUCACAGCCCUGCUCUGUCUGGGACUGACUCUGGGCCUGGGGACCCCAGUGCUGGCAGGGGCUCUCCCUAAGCCUGUCCUCACAGUACAGCCAGACUCUGUGGUCUCUGAGAAUAUGACAGUGACCUUCUUGUGUGAGGGGACCACAGGAGCCCAAGCAUACAGAUUCUAUAGAGACAGAUACCGUUAUCUAUGGAGAAAGGAGAUUCCACAGGAACUUAAGGACAAGGCUGAAUUCUCAAUCUCAAAAAUAGACCAUUACCAUGCAGGGCAAUAUCGCUGUCAAUAUCAGACCCGUGAUGGCUGGUCAGAGUUCAGUGACUCCCUGGAGCUGGUGGUGACAGGAGUCUACAGUAAACCCAGCCUGUCAGCCCAGCCCAGCCCUGUGGUGACUGAAGGAGGGAAUGUCAGCCUCCAGUGUGUCUCAGGGCAGUCAUAUGACAGGUUCAUUCUGACUAAGGAAGGGUCUCAGAAGCUCUCCUGGACACUGGACUCAGAGUAUAACUCCUAUACCAGACAGUUCCAGGCCCUGUUCUCUGUGGGCCCUGUGACCCCCAGCCAAAGGUGGACAUUCAGAUGCUACAGCUUUCACAAAAACAGUCCACAGGUGUGGUCAGAAUCUAGUGAACCCCUGGAGCUCCUGGUCCCAGGUCUGUCCAAGAAGCCCUCCUUGCUGACUCACCAAGGCCAUAUCCUGGACCCUGGGAAGAACCUCACCCUGCAGUGUUGCUCUGACAUCAACUAUGACAGAUUUGCUCUGUACAAGGUGGGGGGAGCUGACCUCACCCAGCAUGGGGUCCAGUGGACCCAGAGUGGCCUCUCCUUGGCCAAUUUCACACUAGGCUCUGUGACACCCUAUACUGCAGGUCAAUACAGGUGCUAUGGUGCAUACAACCUCUCCUCCAAGUGGUCAGCCUCCAGUGACCCCCUGGACAUCCUGAUCACAGGACGUUUUCCUGUUGUUCCUUCCCUUUCAGUGAAGCCUAACUCCACAGUACACUCUGGAGACAACGUGACCAUGCUGUGUCAGUCAACAUACAAAGUGGACACUUUCAUUCUGUCCAAGGAGGGAGCAGACCACCAACCCCAGCGACUAAAAUCAAAGUUUCACAUUUGGGAGUUCCAGGCAGAAUUCUCCAUGAGUGCUGUGACCUCUGACCUCUCAGGCACCUACAGGUGCUAUGGAUCUCAAGACUCAUCUCCCUACCUGCUGACACAAGCCAGUGGCCCUGUGGAGCUCACUGUCUCAGUCACAGCCUCAGAGAACCAGGAUCACACAGUGGAGAAUCUCAUCAGGAUGGGGAUGGCUGUCAUGAUCCUCAUAGUCCUUGGGCUUCUGGUCUUUGAGGCUUGGGGCAGCCAGAGACAGAUCCACCAUGCAGCUGAGAGGUAAUCAGAAGAGAAAGAAGUACAUCUCUCAAGGUUCCAGAGUCUGGGAAAUGAUCCAAGAUUUCUGCAAGAAAAUCCACUUCUUAUGCUGAGGAACUGUUGUCAGAGAAUAUCCAGGGAGCAAAUGUUCACUGGGAGCAGAGGAAGGUGUGAGUGUUGUGAUGAGAUGCUUCCUCAGCAAAUGAAUUUACAUCCCUCCACCUACUGUGGGCAUUUUCCGACUGGACCAACACUUCCGGAUCUAUAAAUCGAGGGGAUGUGCCGUCCCGUCUGUCAGGCAUGGGUCCACGUUUCUCUACAUCUUUCCUUUCUCUCCCUCUCAUGUGUCAUUCUCCAUUUUUAUAAAUUGAGACAUUUUCCAUGGCAAGAGGCUCUGUCUGUUGGACUAGAAGCAAGGAAGUGCCUUCAACACCCAAAGUGAUGAGUGAAGUCAGAGCCCAGAAUUCAGUCACUCUGCCUGGUGCCACAAAACUCUUCAUGACCCCCACCCUUUCAGUCUCCACACAUGCUCUUCAUGGAGCUUCUCUUGAAAUAUAAAGCCAGUGUUACCACACUGGUGGAAUAAGGACUGUCUCACCAGACAGUGUGGGCAGGACUUGGACAGCGUUUUCUUAACACGAAUCUCUGAUGUAACAUCACAGGAGUGAGGGUGGGUAGUACUGCAUGAAAUUGAUGUGUUUUUCCUUUCAUGUCCCGCUAUUUCUCAUAUAUGCAAAAGCAACUGGCUUGCAGAUCAGUCACCCCAGAAGCAUCUUGUUAGGAUGACUUAUACAAUGACUCAUAAUUUCUAAGUAAACGAUCAUGUUAUCUUCUCUCUCUUUUACCUACACUUGAAAUGCUCUUUUACUUUACUUCUGUUUCUGUACUAGCCAAGUCUUCAAGUACAAAGCUGGAAAUGGGCGAAGAGAGGAGAGUCUGUUACCUUCUUCACGAUUUAAUGCAAAAUUUCUACUUUCUCACCAUUCAGUGUGAUGAUAACUUCGGUAUUUUGGUAUGUGAACUUAUUCUGACUCUGGAGAUUCUCUGUUCCUAAUUUCCUGUGAGUCUCCAUGCUAAAUGGCCAUGGGACACUGCUAAAUGCUAACUACUCAUCAAAAACUGUCUCCACUAUCUAAAUUUCUAAUUUUAACCUUGUUACUAUCAUCAAUAACAUAUGGUUUUGAAUCUUGAUUGGGAUUUAUAUGACUGGGUGAAUUCUAUUUUUUCCAUGAGGUGUUCUUUUCAUUUUAUAAUAUAUUGCCAUGGCUAAAAACAGGAUAUGUUCCAAA